UUUGAGUUUGAAACAGAACUGGGUCUAGUGGAAAUGGCCACACUUUAUUUACAGCUGUUUGUCGCUGGUUUGCUGUUGGAUUUCUGUGUUAUUGGAGCAGAAAUCACACCGACAAACACAGAAUCAGUCUUCACGUCUCAGCAGUCGGCCAAUGCGGUCCUCUCUCGGCCUCGCAGAUACAACAGCGGCCUUGAAGAGGUUUUGAAGAAGGACAACCUGGAGCGGGAGUGUAAAGAAGAGCAGUGUACGAUGGAGGAAGCCAGAGAGUGUUUCGAAAACGAUGAAAAAACUUUGGAGUUCUGGGCUGGCUAUGCUGAUGGGGACCAGUGUAACCCUCCUCCCUGCCAAAACGGAGGAGUUUGUCAGGACGGAGUCAACUCCUACACCUGCUGGUGCCAAUCGUCUUUCAGCGGAAAAAACUGUGAGAUCGAGCUGGCUCAGCAGUGUUCGGUGGACAAUGGCGGAUGCUCUCAUUUCUGUGGCUUGAAAGAACAGCAGGUGGUGUGUUUUUGUGCGCCCGGAUACGAGCUGGGUCCAGACCACAAGACCUGUACACCAACAGGACCGUUCAGCUGUGGUCGGGUCAACAUCGACAGUGGUACCAAGUCCAGAUCGCUCUUAACGCCACGAACAUCAAACUCAGACCAGAGAAAUAGCUCUUUGGAUUACAGCGGAUUUGACUUCAACCUUACUAUGUUUUACGAGUACUACGAAACAGGUGAUGAAGACUCCUCUUAUGUCCCUGAGGGGUCAACUGUGGACGUCCCAUCUGAUUACCAGGGGGAUCAGGCGAUGAUCUUUGAUGAGGUGGAGGAGGGGAACAUGAACAUAACAGAUAAUAUCACGCUCUGGUACGGCCCAAAGCUACGCAAUCGGACAAGAAAGGGGAACUCAGACCACAGGAUUGUAGGAGGAGAUGAAGCCACACCAGGACAGAUACCAUGGCAGGUAGCUCUGAUGGACCGUAGACAGGGGGGGGACAGAGCGUUGCCGUUUUGUGGAGCGUCUCUCCUCAGUGACGUCUGGGUCAUCACCGCCGCUCACUGCCUCAUAGAAAAAGAUGGAAUAACCAUAAGAAAUGACUUCUUUGUUCGAGUUGGUGAGCAUGACGUGCACAAAGAUGAGGGCCAUGAGCGGGACCACAGUGUAUCCGUGAAGUACAUCUACCCAAACUACAACUACAAAGAUUCCCCUUACGACCAUGACCUUGCCCUCCUAAGGCUGUCAGAGCCGGUUCAGCUGUCAGACCACAGACUCCCCAUUUGUCUGGGACCAAAACACUUCUUAGAGACCAUCGUCCAGGAGUCCUCCCCUUCCCUCGUCUCUGGCUGGGGCAGGCUGAGGUUCCAAGGUCCCGAAUCCCCAACACUCCAAAAACUUGUGGUGCCUUAUGUAGAGCGCACCACGUGUAAGGAGAGCAGCAGGGAGAGAAUCACCCGCCAAAUGUUCUGUGCAGGAUACACCAGUUUGCAGAAGGAUUCAUGUCAGGGGGACAGUGGAGGACCUCAUGCCACCAAAUAUAAAGGCACAUGGUUUUUAACUGGGAUCGUGAGCUGGGGAGAGGAGUGCGCCAGAGAUGGGAAAUAUGGGGUCUACACCAGGGUGUCCCACUAUUACAUAUGGAUCGCCCGCAGAAUUGGGAUGAAGGCACGGAAUCGGAAAGUAUGAUACGUAUGCACUGAGAAAUUUACAUCGCACCACUUCAGUUUACAAUUAUUACCGUUGACAGUAAGUUAACAAACGCAUUAAAUAAGCCAGUGUUUCUCAAAAUGUGGUACGUUGCAAGGGGUAUGCAGGCUGGUUCUGGUUGUUAUGGUAUGUGGCAUUGUCCUCUACAGUUCUAGUUGUUGUCUUAUUAUAAAAUCCAUUUUAUUUGCGUUUUUGUCAUGCUUUGGGUUAGCCUUCAUUUAGAUCUGGUUAAGCCCUAGUUUAAGCCUGAAAUAGUUCUGUAAUAGUCCUUGUUUUUAUCUGGUGGUACUCAGAAAUCCAAAUUAUUUCUUAGACAGACAGAAAACGGUCGACCUAACCUAUACUAAACCCACCCUUAUACCAGCAUCGGCGUUGUACACCUCUAGAAAACACACUUGAGGACUGUGUUUGAACUGUCUAACACAAUAUAAUGUCGAAUAAAUUUAAUUUGUCUUGAAUAAAACAUUUGUGUUUGUUGACGAAAAUGAUAAAAGCUGCAAUUGGCUUCAACCGCUGCCGGGCAAACUGUAACGAGAGAUGCCAAGAUGCUUUUACAGAUCGAAAACAUCCACCUCCACCAGAAAAAUUACAUAGUGGCCCUUUAAACUUCAGAGCUGUUGUCCAGACACAUCUUCAGUUUUGUUCAUAUUGUAAACUAUAAUUCACUAUACGCCUCUGAUUCACGCUAUAAUAUUUGUCAACACCCCAAAUACAACUUAGUGGAGGUUAAAGAAACAAGACCAGUCAAAGUAGUUCAAACUAUCUCUGUGCUUAUAUUUGGGAAAAUAAUCAUAUACAUUGCAUUAUAUUUUACAGCCUCGACAAUGGUCCAAAAUAUCAAAAAGUGCAAAAUGAGCAAAAGCAACAAACACCAUUGGGUUUAGUGGACAUCACAUUAAGUAGCCCAAGUACACUUACAGUAAAGCCAGCAUGAUGUAAUUCAUAUUUUGUGGUAUUUGUGAUCUAAUAUUAAUAGUUGGAAACACUAUAAAACUAUAACUAUUCACAAAUGGCCUAUAGUUUAUUUAAAAUGUACAUUUAUAUGGCUCUGUAGACUUUGAUGUUUUAGUUGUGACAAGUUUCCGAUACUGUCCGGUGUUUUAAGUACUUUCAUUUUACAUAUUCACAGUUGUAUAAUGUUUUUCCCUAAGCAGACAGUGGCAGUGUUAAUUGACCACUUUUUACACAUUAAUAUAAUACAGUAUUUUAACAGACUGUGGGCAUUUUGAAAUAUCCAGGCAGUUUUUUUUUUUACAUAUUUGUGUGUGAAUUGCCCUUUGGCUCUUAAAUCUGCAGUGAGCACAAUGGUGUAAUCUCAUUAUGAUGUGAAUCGUAUUGAAUGGAUGGCUUUUGUUUACUGAUAAUUCACAGCUACUUGGAGAUGUGUCCCGUUAGUGCAAAACAACAGCGUAGCAAAAAUAAGGCAUUCCCAGAUCCAUGCAAAAGCAACAAAAUGCAAUGUGUGGCUCUUUUGCAUUUUAACUGAAGAUAAAGGAUGCAUUGUAUUAGCUGGUGGCAUAACAAGUCAAUAUGCUGAGUAAAAAUAAUACUUUCGGUUUGACAUAUCAAAACUACCCUGACAUGCGUACAGCUGGUUUUGAGACGAAGGAAGACUUAGGUCCAAAACAUGAUCCUUUGGCACAGAAACAAUCAGUAAAUAAUUGAAACAGUGUGGUAUUUACAAAAUUAUAUGAUAUACAGUACUUAAUGAAUGCCCGUGGUUAAUGUGUGAAAUAUGGCCUGCCUUGUGUGUUAAAUAAAUACAUAUAGUGCUUUGAACAAGGUCAUUUAUAAAUCUAUAGGAUGUAUCAAGAAAUUUGGAGAACUUAAACAAUUCAGGGCAAAAUUAUAAUAGAAAAAUUCAAAUUGUAAAUCAAUGUGCAAUUUUCAUGAACUUUGAGAAAGCUAUAAAUGUAAAAACAACCCAAUACGAGUUAUUAGCUGGAAUAAAUUUGUAUUAGUCAUUAUUAUUAGUCAUUAUCUAAACUAUAUGUAGGUUUAAAAUGAUGUAAAAUGUGGGAUUUUUAACUAUCACAAUCAAAGUUUUAAAACCUAUCGCUUUUAAAUGGUCAAAAGUUCUCAAAACGCUGCCCGUAAAUGGAACAAGAGAGGUGUCUGAAAACCUUAAAUAUACAAAAUAAAUACGGGAAGCGUGACGUAGAAACAUUCUUCUGAGGCUUGAGACUUUCUGAAGAUCAUAAAACAGAUCUUGUGCUUCAGUCCGUUACAUUCGACUGUGAGUUUGUGGUGAGUGAAAGAUGCACAGCAAAACGUCUGCACAAGUUAAAAUGCGUUGAAAUCUAAAUCGGUUUAGUUUAGAUGUCUUUGAUUAGUAAGGCUGAGAGUCUUUUUACAGCUAGUUAAGUGUUUUCCUGUUUCAAGCUAAAUUAUCUCUUUAUCAUGAUUUUUUUGUUGUUGUUCAGUGCAGUUUUCUUCCAAUUGCAUUUUUUGAAACCAAUCAGAAACCUUGGAACGUUUGACUAAUGAAUUAAAGAGAGGGUAUAUAGCAUUUGUAUUUAAAAUUACAUAAACCUGACCCAUCUGUGCCCCGAGAUACUAGGUCAACAUAUUAAAAUCAAAUAUUCCUUUUUUCUAUUUAUUCCAAAAACAUUGUACAUAAUGGCCAAGUUGUUGAUGUUUUCAUUUGGUCUGUGAAACCAGAAUGAGUCUCUUUUUGGUUGUCAGAUUGUAAAACCAGUUAAGAAUAAACCUAAAAAGACUCUGAUCUGAAUCCUCACUAAACCUCAGCACCUGCAACCAAUCGUGAAUCAGUGCUAGUGCAGCCUUUGCAGCUCAGUGAGUGAAUUCUGGACGUUCUGAUCUUUCACAUGAGGCCUGUCCAUCUACUGACAAUGAGAAAAACCUUGUGCACGUGUCCUCUAUAUAAAGGUUAAGGCACUGACAACCCAGGUUCAGUUGUGAUCGUAGCAGGUUUAUGAAUCAGAAAGGCUGCAGACUACAUACCCUCCCUUUAAGUUAAUCUAAACUACUCAAAACAUGAUGAAUAUUUUGAAUUCAAGUCAUUUUAACCCAUGUAGAUACUCAGUGUUUACAGUCUGGCUCUGAAUAAAAGCAGGUGCCGU